AUGUAUGCGGACGGCGAAGCCCUCAAGCAUGCCGAUAUGUUGUACAUAUUAUGGUUGCGCAAAUUGCAGCUCUGUCUGAUAGAGGACUUGGCUGCGAAAGUUGCGGCCAGGCACUGUCAGGGUACUCCGACAAAAGCCGUCUUCUACAAAGAGGAAGCCAACAAUCGUUGUUACAAAGUAACUUUCGCAACGGGCCGCAAUGUCGUUGUGCGGCUCCCCAAACUGGGAAUAGUCGCUUUACGCAGAGAAAAAGUUGAAAGUGAGCUUUGCGUUAUGGAUUGCCUCUCCCAGCAUAGCUCUAUUCCCAUUCCCCGGAUUUUCGGAAGUGGUGUCUGUGAUGUUGGACCGUACAUGGUGUUAGAGUUCAUUGACGGAACCCCUCUGGGAAAAUACUUUCACGCUUCGCUAUCAGAUCGUUCAAAAGCAGCUGAUUUGGACUCUGUGAAAAAUGGCUCUGAACUAUGGCGUUGCUACCAGGAAAUGGCAAGGAUCUUUCUAACCCUAUCUCGGUGCCAAUUCUCUCAAAUAGGUUGUCCCAGAAGAGACGCAGACGGGAUCUGGUCUGUGGACAAACGACCAGUAACAUAUAAUAUCAAUAAUCUGCUCAUGCAUGCCAACUUCCCUCCUCGGGAUCUAGGGAAAGGGCCAUAUUCCACUGCGACAGAUUACUUUGUUGCACUUGCCCGGGACCAUAUGCGGCACCUUCAAACCCAGCGGAAUGAUGCGGUUGCCGAUGAGAUGGAUUGCAAAAAAAAAUAUGUUGCUCGCUGUCUGUUUACGAAAAUUGCACACAGCUUCUCUACCACAUAUAACAAUGGGCCUUUCUGCCUGUACUGCGAUGACUUGCAACCGUCAGAAGUUAUUGUGGAUGCUGAUCUUCGCACUCAGAGUGUCAUCAACUGGGAAUUCUGCUACGUCGCACCGGCUGAAUUUACACACUGUUCACCGUGGUGGUUACUGCUAGAGGGCCCUCAUGAUUUGGAGAAUGGAAUUGAUGACUUUCUCAGUCACUAUGAGCCGAGGCAACAAAUUUUUCUUUCCGUCUUGCGAGAAUGCGAGGCUGAAGCGGCUGCUCAAGGUUAUACUGUAACCCCGUCUCUGUCAGAACACAUGGAACGAUCGAUGCAAGAUGGAACUUUCUGGUUUUGUCUUGCGGCCAGAUCCUGCUUCCUAUUUGAUGAUAUCUACUGGAAAUUUAUUGACUCGAAGUAUUAUGGGGAGUUUACUUCGAUUGAAGAUAGGAUUGCACUUCUAAGCAAGGAUGAGCAGACUGAGCUUGACGGUUUUUACCAGAUGAAGAUGGAACAAGCGGCGGAGCGGACGUUGGAUAAGCAUCAGACAUUCGAUGAAAUUCUUGCCUCUUAA